CCGCGGGAUUUCGGAUGUCUUUCACUGACAUCCCUGUCUAAUUAGAUUUGAACUUUUUCGUUGCGUUUCCCACAGGGGUGCAGUUUAAUUUUUUAAAUUCUCUUUGUUUGUAAAUCGUUCAAGCUUGAAGCCCAGGAAUCGCUGCGACAGACGCGGGCCCCAGGCAGAUCUUCAUUGAGAACGGUGCUAGAAAAAUGAUGAAUGAAACCGAGGCUUUAUUUUACUAUGCAGUCCCCGUCUCGACAUGACGCAGGGCAAGCAAAGGCCAUCAGACCCCUGAAUGCCACUCCGUGCCUUAGAAUAGCCAUGCCGUCUCCAGGCAACGCAGACCUGACGCACAAGGACCCCGGCGCUCCUCCGAAAAGCGGCGCAGAGUAAAGGGAGGCGCCUCCUCAGAAGGACGACGCGGGGCUGCGCGCACAAAUGCGGAGAUAACGGCGGCGGCGCUGCUGGGAUUCACAGGUGAGCUGAGGAAACUGAGGACAAGUCAAAACGGAGAAAGCCGGCAGCCAUGACCCGACUUAGACUGGACGCGGAGUAAACAGAAAAUCUUCAUCAUGAUUCCCAGCCACAGCUCCGAUGGAUUUUUUUGCAUAUGUGUGCAGCUCUUUUUGGGACAGACCUGAAUUCUUCGGAUUAACUUUUUCUUCAGGAUGGAAAUAAAUUCCAGAAGGCCGAACGAGUCAGAGUGACGAGUGGAUGUGGAGGCCUGCAGUUCCAGUUCUCCUGCGUCGUCGUCCUCCUCAUCUACCAGUGUGUGCCGAUUUGCCAUCCAACUCUUUCACGUUUGCCACUUUCUGUCCAAUUGCUUUCCGUAGACUUUGCUCCCUAAAUUGAAUUCGCGACAGGAAUAUCUCCAAUGCAAGAAGAAUGGAGCGGAGUGUGGCAGUAGUCUGAACACGGAGAAACUGCUCAACCAAACUGCGGGGAUCACCACCCAGGGCACCAUGUCUUGUACGGCAUCCACCCCCAAAAUCACAGUGGGAGAAGCAGGAGACCGAGGUCAGGAAAGCCCAGGGCUGCCCCAGGAUGAUCAUCUCCGCAGUCUGAAGGCUCUGACGGAGAAACUGAGGCUGGAGACGAGGAGGCCCUCAUAUCUGGAGUGGAAAGCUCAACUCGAAUCUCACAAUUCCAAAGAUGCAAAGCGGCAAGGGGACCCGAGACCCCAGGAAGGUCGGAGAGCCAGCGAGGGCUCCUUGGACACCUUGAUUCCUUCUAAAAGAUGUUCUGUCAGAGUGGACAGCCAAGCCAAUGGUGGUGGAAGACUUAAAGGGUUCAGCAACAUCGACGAGGCCCUGGCUUGGCUGAGAAAAGAGCUGACUGAAAUGCGCCUUCAGGACCAGCAACUGGCCAGACAGCUCAUGAGGCUUCGCAGCGAUAUCAACAAACUCAAGAUUGAGCAGACCUGCCAUUUGCACCGUAAGAUGCUCAAUGACGCCACCUAUGAGCUGGAGGAGCGCGACGAGCUAUCGGAUCUACUGUGCGACUUCCCAGUCACCCCCGGCUUCAGCCUGUCAGCUCCUCUCAAGCUUAUAGGCGUCACUAAAAUGAACAUCAACUCCCGCCGCUUCUCACUCUGCUAGUUCGCCUAUCUGCUUCAUCCCGUCUUUAGUGGGCCGAGCCGUACCCAGGCCCCACUUUGCUAUGGCAGAUCUUAAAUGUGGGCACAGCUUCGGUUUAUCAGAUUAGAUCUAAUGACUUGAUACAAUAAAGCACAAAAACAUUGAGACGCCGCUGCCUGCUUACCUUCUUCACGGCCGGCGUCGGCCUCCAGAAUCGAAUGUAAGUUUGCCCGAUCACAUCCCAGCACCCAUCCAAACCCGAGUGAUGUUAUUGUGCAGCUGUCCUCAUCUCCAAAGGCUUUAAGAGAUCAUGGUCCACCAGAUAAGCUGCUGGACAGGAUCAACUCCUUGAGCCCCUCUGCCUAGAACUCUGUGAACAGGACAGUCCAACCCAGGGGUCACUUCUUCUUUCUUUCAUUCAUCCACUACCUCUUUCUAUGUGGUCAUCUGAGGACAUAUUGGAUUUCUAGAAGAAGCUUGGCUCGAUUUUGUUUGGCUCCGACAAGAGGAGAUCUACUGACCAUUGGCACACCUUUUUCUUCUUAUUUCUGUCAUCUUUUUAAUAUCCAAAGCAAAAUUAGCAGAUGUGACUUGAUGGGGAUUAAACUGUCAAUACUGAGCCGUAUGGGCCAUGUGUUCAUAUGCAGUCCCUCCAUAACUCUUCGGCCUUUUAAUGUUGUAGCUGCCAAAGCCUUUCUGUUUAUUGCCAAUAAUGUCUAAACUAGAAGAUAGAACCUGUGGACCUGGGCAGUAGGACCAGGGAGUAACGGACCAGUAAAACUUUGCCAUCCCAUGACUUUGUCGAGUAGAAGAACAUGUUGGGUAACUACACUUACAAGCAUCACCUACAGUUCAAGGACCUCCAGAAAGUCUCUAGAGUGUCCUUUUGGUCCUAAAGUGGAUGUGCAGAUCUUCAGGGUGGUCCACACAUUGAUACUCCCAUCGCAUUGACAAAUCAUUAACACGUGCCUCAGAUUUACACAGUCCUGACUUGAAGACUAAAGAUACCUGUCGCUGGCUUGAGGUGGCCUGGUGCUGCUGGACCUUUGGUGUGACAUGGCGGUCAAUAUUUCAAUUCCUUAUCAAAUCUCCACUUUACGCUUUUUCCAAGAGGUUGGUGACAUUUUCAACUUGAAUUUAUUUUUGCGCUGCUUCCUUGACUUUGGGGCAGAUGAACAUUUUCGGUGACUGUGAAAUUUAUAGAUGUUUCUGGUUAAUGCAACGACAAAUCAGCCAUUGUGUCACCAAGUAGCACGGAGCUGCCAGAGAAUCAUCCCAAUUUUUGCUCAUAAGAAAACAGAAAAGUUUCUUAGAAAAGGAAUGUUAUAAGGUGUAGCAAAAUCCGGCCUACCACAAAGCAGUGCCACAAGAGCCGGUACCCGCCAUUAGUAUUUGCCAGCUUCUCAAUCUUGUAGCUCAAAAAACUUUGUAAACCGUUGUAUAUUACAAGUGAAUGUGCAAGAGGAAGCUCAUCAGUCAACUUCAUUCAAAUGACAACCGUAAGAAAGCACAUUAUAGAUGAGUUCGAAAAAUGAAUUAACAAAGGAUAAAUGCUAAAUGUAUUGGGGAGGUGAUUGUGGUUGAACUUCACUUAAAAGUCUAAAAAAUAAGGCAAAUAAGAGUAUUCUAGAUAUUUAAAUACAUCACAAAAAUUGGCAUCGACCAAUAGAACCUCAUACAAUAGCCUUUAAAAAAUUUAAAGCGACCUGCGCUUAAAAAUCAGAAAAGGCCUAUGCCACCUCUUACACUAGACUAUAAAACUGACAAGGGUAAAAUACAAGGGGCUCACAAAAAUUGGCAUUUACCAAUAGAACACAAUACACCAGCUUAUAAAAAGUGACCUGUGCUUAAAAAUCAGGAAGGGCCUAUGCUUCCUUUUACACUAGACUAUAAAACUAACAAGUAGAAAUACAAGGGGGGACCCUGAAAUUGCAAAAAUUGUCAUUGGCAGAGAGCAAAUCAUGCAACAUCCCAACAGAAGUUUCAAGUGACCUGCAUUUAAAAAUCAGGAAAGGCCUCUACCUCCUCUUACACUGGACUAUAAUUCUGGCAGGUAAAAAUAUAAGGAGGACCCAAAAAUCGGCAUUGGGUGAAACAGCAUCAUACACUUGCUUAUCCCCCAAUACCCUCCUUGAGAUACCUAUUACUGUUUUUUGUUUUUUCUUUGAAUUCCUUCCAUGGUAGCAAGCUUUCUUCUCUUCAGUCUCAGUUUCAAUGUUGGAAAUACAAAAAAAGCAGUCACAGGGAGUGAGUUUGGGACAAUAAGGGAGGUGUGAAGCAACGACCACAUUGUUUUUGGCCUUAUAUCCUUUGCACUUUACUAGAGGUUCCUGCGUUUUUAUUUUUUCCAUCAAUUCCUUCCACGGUAGCAAACUUUCUUCCACUCAGUCUCAGUUUUAAUUUCGAAUUUACAAAAAAGCAGUCAUAGGGAGUGAGUUCGGGAGAAUAUGGAAGGUGUGAAGCAACAAAAAACUCUUUGACUGACAACCUCGUGUGUGUGCAGGUGCUAAAUGCAGUUUUGGGUGCACCACUUCUCCGGACCAUUUGUGUCAAAAAAACACAAUCAUUAUUGUCUCUUGGAAGUCUGCCAUGGUGGUUUGGUGAAUUGUAGAAUUAACAGUAGAAGUACACACUCGAUCGACUCAGACUGAUUAACCCAGUAUUUUCCAACCUUUUUUCUGUGGUGGCACUCUUUUUGUAACCAAACACAUCCCAAGGCACGCCACUGUCCUACAACCACAAACACAUUGUGUCUCAUACACGUGCUCAACUGUAUGAAGUGGUGGGACUACCAGAGAAGCCGGUAAAAAUGCACCAUCCCCAACCCAAGAUUGGCAUUCACAAACAUGGCACUUAGCGAGCACUUUGGUGGUAUCUCCCAGCUACUUUAUCCCUCUGCCCGUGCCAUGGCCACUAUCCAUUGGCCCUAUGAGACUCGCUAGUGGACACACACACACAGGCGGAUGGACUCCAGCAGCCAGGAGACAUGUCCGAAGUGCUCUAAGUGCCGUCUCUGCAAUGUAGAGAUCAGUGCUGCUUUUAGGCCAGCUAUUUCACUUAGUUCUGUUCUCUACAGAUGGGUCUUGACCACCCGCAGAGCUUCUACCUCUCAGAUUCAGACCCAGCUAUGCCACACUAUUAUUUCUAUGGCACACCAGUUGAAAAACAGACUGUAGGCAUAUGAUUCCAGGCAGCCUAUUCGAGAACUACACCUGACUCCCGUGCUAGCAACCGAUUCGAGGAAUUUUUGGCUCCACCUCUUGAAGUAGCUCAGAUAUUUAACCACAGUGAAACUGGACUACAAUACAUCUUUGACGUCACUGAACAAAUCUGUAGCAAGUGAUACAACAACAACAACAACAUUUAUUUAUAUAGCACAUUUUCAUACAAACAGUAGCUCAAAGUGCU